AUACAACAGUUAGGCGCAUCAGAAGAUGGCAUCUCUAGACUUCGACCAGAAGUCCCUGGGGCGGAUAGCCAGGCAAACAGAAGACUCCAACCCAUACCUGUCAGGCGCGCUCUACCAGAUCCUUGGCCUCUCAGUCCUGCUCUCGCGAAGGCUCAUUCGCGCUAGAAAGCUUCGCAAACUCGAUACAAGCAGAGACACACCGUCACUCGCAGCAUAUCAACACAUCCUAUGGAUUUCCAGAGAGGGGUUGUCGAUAUUGGAGCUGUACGUGCUACCAUACGCGCAAGACAAUCAGCAUGGACCAGAGUGCAGGGUACUGAGCGUCAAGCUGCGAGCAAGCUUCUACCAUAUCUUUUGCCUAUUCCACAAUCAGCCACCUGUUACCACAACGAACAUGGAGUCGACAGAGUCAAGGGCAGCCGGCGCACCGCUGUCUCCACGAUCUGGAAAUGGUCGCAAGACGGAGCAUGGGUUGUCACCACCUUCGAAACGAAACGGCAAACAGCCAGCGCUUCGCGAACCCAUCGACUCGAUUGUCUCAGAGACGUCGUUUGUUACCAACCCCUAUGCAGCAGGUGGACCAGUCGGGACACCUUCUCCAGGACCACCACUCAACGCGCCGCCUGGACUCAAUCCUAUCCCGAUACCACAACCGUCUUCCUUCCUUUUGCCGCCGUUAAACUUCGUACCGCUGGCUACUGGGUACUUCACUACUGCGACUCAGUACGCCACAUCAUUCCUGCCGGGGUCACAUCCUCUCCGAUUGUCUGUAGCUCUCGAACACAGUGCUUUUCUAUGGGACUGCAUACAUGACCAUGAAGGAUCGCGACGCGUCGCACGUCGCGCCAUCAAGGACGUUUAUCGUGCACAAGAAGCAAUGGAUGAUAGCGAGUUCGAGGACGCUGCAGAGCUUGUUGGUGUCCUGGGGCGCAUGAUGAAGCGCAAGAGCUUCGAAACAACGCCACGAAUGGGCAGUGUGGGUAGCCCUGAGCCGACCGCACCAAGUGGUGCUCAGAUUCGUACUGAUCACAGUCGAGGUGAUACACACCGUGGUAUCCCCGUGAUUGCCCCUCUCCAAUACUCUCAGAACUCCAGAAGGGCAGCCGAAGGCCCACCGAUUACCGUAUCUGCUCCGCAAAGCCCCCCGAAAGAUCCUACACGCAGCCGAACCAACAGCACCUCCUCAAAGCACAAGCACACCGGCAGCCAUGAGAACACCCCGCGUUCGAAUACAAACCGGCUGUCUAGAGGAAGCCACGAGACAACACCACGUGCGAAGCAUGUCAGCAUGGAGAGUAGUGGUAGUGUGACGCCAAGAGCGCCGCAAGACAAAGGUGGUCGGUCUCCUGCGACACCAUCAACUGUCCGCAGCGUCCAUCAGCACACCAGUAGCGGUGGCUCACAUAAAGCGGAUUCAGAGUUCAGGAAUUCGCCACCAAUUCCAGAGAGUGCAGCUGUCACAGCAGCCUACCAAAACAUGAAAACCUCACCAACCGCCCGUCAAUCGCCGCCGUUGCGUCGUUCUCCACGAUCAUCCCCGAAUCUCGACGCGCGCAACAGGGAACCGAGCUGACUCGUAGCGGCGGGCCAGGAGAAAGCAAGGAAGAUGGAUGUCCAGUGGCUCCCGAACGGAGAAGCAGAUAUUCGUUUUCUGCCCCCUUCCGCAAACUCAACUCCUGUAGACACCCGCCCGCCGAUACAAGAAGCACUCAGGCUACUCUGAUCUCCCAUACCCGUCCACACGUGGUCUCAAAUCGACAUAAACCGCACCCAAGCUCUCCACAAAGGAGAGCAUCUUGACGCACACCCCAUCCAUAUUGCUCACACUGUACAGUACCUGACCAUACUUGACGGACGUCUGCUGCUGCACUCAAAUUCAAGAGCAGCUCCAUGUCUACUUGCCAAAAGCAAUCAUUGCUUCCACAUUUGGAAUUUCACGGCGCACUUGGAUGGAUCUACA